AUGCAUUUUCAAGGUGGAUACACACACCCAGCUGCGGGCCGAGAUGGAUGGAUGGAUGGAUUGAUGGAGCGGCGGCGGCGCCACGGCGAGGGAGCUUCGUCGACACAAUGGGCGGACGUCUCUCCAAUCGGUGGACGAGGGGGAUUCACUGGUUAUGGAAAUAGUGGCGGAGGCGCGACCGCCACUAACGGCUACGAUUAUGGGAGCCAACAAGUGAAUGGGUACACUAUGCCACCACCAGGAUAUGGGCAAACGAUGCAAUUCACUACCUCCAACGGUGGACCAAUUCCUAGCUAUCAAAAUGGAUAUCAUCCGCAGCAGCACAACAUGUAUUCUCAAAAUGGGUAUGUUCAACAGCAGUCUGCUUGUGCGGUAAAUGGCGUGAACUCGGACUUCACCAACGGAGUCACGGCCGGAUAUGUGACGAAAGGUUUUGGUGGAACGUUUGAUCCCAAAGAGAAAAACUGCGGUGAUUUUGCGGGGAAUUGGAACUGCCAAUCAGCUGGAACAGAUUCUGUGGAAAAGCAACUGUUCAGUAACAUGAAUAGUGGAAUCAAUUUUGACAAUUAUGAGAGCAUCCCAGUUGAAGUCAGCGGCGAAAAUACACCUGAUCCCAUCCCUGCGUUUGCCGAUGCGAAAAUGCAUGAAUGGGUUCAGCAGAAUGUGGACAAAAGUGGUUAUAAGAAGCCAACACCUGUCCAGAAAUAUUCCAUCCCUACACUUCUUGGUAACCGUGACCUCAUGUCAUGCGCUCAGACUGGGUCUGGAAAGACCGCCGCAUUCCUUCUCCCAAUCAUUCAUCACAUUCUUGUAGACGGUCCUGAUGCGAUUCGGCCUUCUUCAAUGUCAAACACGGGUCGACGAACUUUUUAUCCUGCUGCCCUUGUUCUUGCUCCUACUAGAGAAUUGGCCAUACAGAUACACAAGGAAGCUGCAAAAUUCAGUUAUCGUACGAACAUCAUCACCGCAAUACUAUAUGGCGGUCGUGAGAACUAUCGCGAGCAAAUCAAUCGCCUGCGUGGAGGAUGUCACAUCCUCAUUGCUACGCCUGGUCGCCUCAUUGAUAUUCUAGACCAGGGAUACAUUGGCUUAGCUGGGUGCCGUUAUUUAGUGCUAGACGAAGCAGAUCGUAUGCUAGAUAUGGGUUUUGAACCUCAGAUACGCAAAAUUGUUAGUCAAGGCAUGCCGCCUAAGUCAGAGCGUACUACCGCCAUGUUCAGUGCUACUUUCCCUAAGCAAAUUCAGACACUCGCGCAGGACUUUCUGAAGCCAAACUACGUAUUCCUAGCUGUUGGACGUGUAGGAUCUACCUCAGAAAAUAUCGACCAACAAGUUCUAUUAGUAGAGGAGUUCGACAAACGCAAGAUGCUAUUGAAUAUCUUAUCUAGAGAGGGUAUAGAAAAUGAGUCACUGGUGCUUGUAUUCGUUGAAACCAAGCGUGGAGCCAAUGAGCUAGCUUAUGCUCUUCAACGGCAGCAGAUCAACGCCGUGGCAAUCCAUGGAGACUUGAAGCAGUUCGAACGCGAACGCAAUCUUGAGCUCUUCAGAAAUGGCACAAACCCUGUUCUAGUCGCUACUGCGGUGGCAGCACGAGGCCUAGACAUUCCAAAUGUCCGACAUGUCGUAAACUAUGAUCUCCCGGGUGAUAUUGACGAAUAUGUGCACCGCAUCGGAAGAACGGGUCGUUGUGGAAAUACUGGGCGAGCCACCAGCUUUUUCACAGAGAAGAAUCGAGCUCUUGCACGGGACUUGUCGCAGUUGUUGAGUGAAGCGAACAAGGAAGUCCCUGAUUUUCUCUUGCGAAUGGCUGCUGAAGGAAGAUCACAAGGCAACAAUCGCUCGGUUAAUCGUCGUUUUGGUGGUUCAGAUCAACGGCGUGGCGGAGGUGCUGGUGGUACUCGUGGAGGCUUCAGCGGUCCACCUGUUGUGCCACCAACUAUGCAGAAUGGCUUUGGACCAAAUUUCACAGUCAAUGCGAUGAACGGUUUUGCUCAACCCCCACGAGGUUUCGCUCCACAACAGAACGGAUUUUCACCGCAAAGUCGUUUCCCUCCCUCAUUCCCACGUGGAGCUGGUGCUCCAUUCAACGGUGUUCCUCCUGUAGGAUUCGGUCAGCCUGGCUUUAGCGCAAUGAUGGCUCGAGGAGGCUUUCAGCCUGCAAAUGGAUUCGUCCCUCCAGGCCCCCCUCCGCCAGGGGCCCCCUCGUUCCAGCAGCAAUCCCCUUAUGCGAACGGUCGAGGAUUUGCUAUCUUCUGUAGCAGCAUUUUACUUGUGUUGAGCAUUGAGAGAUCCUUGGUAGCUGGUUACUAUCACUUUGAUCUUAUCAAAAUGUUAACUGAUGUUCCGAUUUACUCGCUAUGA